GCACGCUUGGACUCGGAGGCAUGACUGUUGGGCCACAGCGCAGCUGCAGAUCGACCGUGAUAUAGUGCAGGGAGAGGGAGUCCUUCAUUUCCUGGGAGAUUUGGAACGCAAUUCGACGGGGCGCAUCUCCAGGAGACUUGGCGAGGUUAGAGUGCAAAGGAGGGAGAGAAGAGAGAAUUUGCCGCGGGCGGAGCGCUCAGGGAUCCGGGGACUGGACUCAUCGUCUUUAUAACGUGGGAGAUCUAGAGCUCAGCAGCUAGCAUGGAUAUACAUACAUCGACAGACACACACUCACACACAGCCCUUGUUGAAUUCGAAAGCCGGACGUCCAGUUCGACUUUUGUUUGAAGCUUGGCUAGACUGCUCCGGACGCCCCCCCGGCAGCCACGAGACUGCUCAGAAUUCGGACCCUGGCACCAAAAGCACGGGAAUAUUUGGACCUUCGAUAAGACUUAUCUGCAACUUUGAACCACAGACUCGGCUGCGUGGUGUCGUUUUCUUUAGAAUGACGACUCGUUUCCCGAGUUCAUCGUGGAGAACGAAUCGAUCCAGCAGCCCAUAGGUUCCGCCGGAAGGUUAUAUUUGACCGGGUGGAUGAUCGGCCAGUCGGCGCCGUCCUGUUCUUAUAUUGGGCUUAUUUGAAGACGUGGUCUCGGAAUCUCAGUUCCUAUUGGCCAGUAUUCUCGGUACAAAGCUUCGGUCCUGGGGACUGCUGCUGCAAAUUCCGAACGAGGGAAACGCGAGGAAACACUCGAGCAGACGUGCACAUCGGUCCGACUAGCCACCCCGCUGCGAGAGCUUCGCAAAGGACAGCAGCGCAAACUUUCGGGGGUUAUGGCCUUCGAGAGAAGAGGACAUUCCUUGCAAUACCUCUCUGUGAAGCAGUAGACUCGCACUCGUCGGUUCCAGUCAGAUCCCAACGAGAUCUUCCAGGCACCUCAGGAUUCAAGGCCGCAGAAGAUUUUGAAGCCCCGUUGGAAUUCCGGUAACGAUCGGUCAUCAUGGUGGUCAAAGAAGAACAAGGCCCUGCGGCCACUGCAACCUCAGCCCCUGCUGCUGCAGGUGUGCAGUAUCAAGAGGGAUACGUUGUGAAUGACAGGGGAAUGAAGCAGUUUGUAUGCUGCUGGCAACCCGCUCACCAGGAGCCGAAAGCAUUGGUCUUCAUGUGUCACGGCUAUGGAAUGGAGUGUAGCGUGUACAUGAAAGAUAAUGGUGAGAGGCUUGCAAGAGCCGGAUACGCAGUUCAUGGUAUAGAUUACGAAGGACAUGGGAAGUCGGCGGGGAAGAAAUGCUUCAUUCCGAGUUUCGACAACCUUGUCUCGGACUGUACAUCGUACUUCCUCAGUAUCCAGGAUCGGAAGGAGAACAAAGACAAACGGAGUUUUCUGUAUGGAGAGUCGAUGGGAGGAGCUGUUGCCCUUCUCGUUAGUCGGAAGGAGCCCACCAGAUGGAAAGGGAUGGUGCUGGUAGCUCCAAUGUGCAAGAUUUCAGAAAAGAUGAGGCCUUCUCCAAUCGUGAUCGCCACGUUGUCGCGGUUGUCGUCACUCAUUCCCACGUGGAAAAUUGUGCCCGGAGCAGAUGUGUACGACCAAGCGUUCAAGCUCCCAGACAAACGCGAAAAGAUCCGAUCUAACAAGCUACUCUACCAUGGAAAGCCGAGAAUCAAGACCGCACUGGAGAUGUACCUCACAAGUUGUGACCUCGAGGAGCGUCUGGACGAGGUAACUCUGCCCUUUCUGCUGCUGCACGGGCAAGCCGACACGGUGACGGACCCGGAGAUCAGCAAAACGUUGUUCGACACGGCCAAGAGCUUCGACAAAUCCAUGAAGCUGUACCCGGGGCUGUGGCACGGCCUGACGGCUGCGGAAUCGGACCAGGACAUCGACAUGGUGUUCCAGGAUAUAAUCAACUGGCUGGACGAAAGGAGUCGCAGCAGCCCUGCCAGCUCCAGCGGCACCGGCUCCAGCCCGAUCCGGCAGUCGGAUCUCAGCGCCCUCGAUACCGAUAACAAAGCCAAGAUGGAAAUGGAUGCGAUGUGGCAAGUGUCCGAGUCCGGCCAUAAAGGUCAACACGACGGUUCGCUACAACCAGGGGCAGCAAAAUAUUAAAGUUCUUAGAACGAACGAGAGAACGAUGGAACGGAUGGAUGGAAUGGAUCCGGACGAGCUCCAUGCGUUGGUCCUUCGGAUCGAAAUGACCAUCACAUGGCAGGAUUGCAUCGGAUCUGUGGAGACCUGUACAGCUCACUCCACUACAGCAACACACUAUACUAAAAAAUCCCAUCGACCGAUCGACGAAAAUAGUAGCGACCUGUCAUUCAUACCCUGUCUCUGCUGAGGUUGGCCUGGCUCGGUUACAGCCCUGUCAAGAUCACGGUCACCUCUCUCCAGAAAUUUUGACACUGCAAUCUGUAUUAUAAAUCCCAUGACAGCGAGCGAACCUAGCGAUCCACAACGAAACCUCUGUUAGCUCUCAACCAUGUCCCUACAUCGAUCCAAAAGGUUUGGACCUCCGAAAUUCGUACCUCGGACCUCUCUCUACUCAAUCCUGAUACUUGAAAUAAGUUGAGAGGCCUACUAGCUCAUCUUCUUUAUACGGCAUCUACGGAUUUCAAAGCCAGCCUUGUGCUGCAACCUAUGUCAAGAGAACCCUUAGAGACCAUGUAUACCCACGUACAUACGAGCAUACAGGGAGAACUCAGCUACAUACUAACAUAUACAGCUAGCUGUGAUGCCAAAAUGCUGGACUACCAGUUCAGGCAGGCAACCAGCCUGCCUUAAUUGAUCGGCAACUUCGGUGCAUUUCAGGCGAACGGCAUGGCGUCAGCAGCAGCAAAACGUACAUAUCUUGGAAAUUUUACAAGGUUAUUGCCCUAGUGUAUUUCUGUGGGACUUGCAGUGUCGGCAUCAUGUCAGCAUCACAGAUAACGAGGUCUCUUUCCCGAUCAGUAACGCCGAAUCCAGCGGCUCUGCUCACUGCUUGCAGUUGUUUGCUGAAGUGAUGGAUAUAGUUGACUUGAACCGAUAAAUUUCUCCUUAGAACCUCGAGAUCGUCUUCACGUUUGGCAGUAAUUAGUCAGGGGUAAAGCGCACCUGUCCUGGUUUGCUCCUUGUGAAAGUUGUGGUCGUCAGGAGCUACGCACUAUACUAAGCACGCUUAUGGCGAUAUAAUAAUAAGUUAUCGUAUCAGCAGUAUUGUGCUGUGAGUUAUCAGCUUUUCCAUGCCCAGGUGCUGCCGUGUCGUCUCUGAGUCCUCUUCUUUUUCUGGACGGGAUCUCCGUCUGAAAUCGCCAUGAAUGUUCUUUUAUACUUCUUCCAGAGCUCGGGUCUAGGUCUGGAAACGUAGUCCAGUUUGUGAAGAGUGUGGCUGUUGACUAUCCGGAACUGUUUCUACGUCCUUUUGGUUGGGUCUUAUAUGCCAGCCAAAGGUCUAGAUCAGUCUAUCAAUUUCGGUACUUUCGGGUGAAUAGAAUCACUGAUAUAGUAAAACGUAAUUUUCUGGUCGCACUUGUUUCGGAUCCAAGAAGCUUAGACUGGUCACGAGGAAUUGAUCGUCUAAAGAUGACUUCAUACGGCUUGUGACUCUCACCCGGAGCGUUUUGAUUCAUCCAUUUUCCCAGAGAUGUAAGUAAAUUGUUGGGAUUGAGUCGAAUCCGAACGAAACACACAUCGAUGCACAUGAGAAGACUCAACUUUUUCAAUCCCAAGAACUGUC